AUUCACCUGAAGAUCCACUUGAUGUAACCCAUCUUAGCUCAGAACGUUCUUUUGAGUAUUUUGAAGUUGGUUAUUCAAAAUUUGGAUUAGAACGUUAUAAUAUUACAGUCGAAUUAACGGCUAGUCGGAGAGCAGGUCUUCAUCGAUAUACUUUUCCUCCAACCGAAAAUAAAGCUAAAGUUAUUAUUGAUUUACCUCAUAAUCUUGUUGUACAUCACUAUGGCUUCACUCAUCGGUAUCAUGAAGGAACUAUCCAAUCUAUCUCAGCUAACCAAGUAAAAGGUGCAGCUCGUUAUAGUGGCGGUUGGAAUAGAGGUGGUGUUUAUACUGUCUACUUCUGUUCACAAUUUAACACCAACGCCACUGAAUUUACGGACUGGGAGGGUAGAUAUUCUUAUGGAUACUUUGGUGAAACAAAUGAGUUUACUAAUAAGGCUGAUGGUGCUACUUUAACGUUUAAUGUUAUCGAAAAUCCGGUAAUCAUAUCAAGAGUCGGAAUUUCAUUUAUUUCAGCUGAUCAAGCAUGUAAUAGUGUUGAAAGUGAAAUACCGGACUGGGAUUUUGAAAAGACUAGACACGAAGCUGUAAAGGCUUGGCAAACAGAGUUAGGAAAGAUACAAGUUGAAGGAGGAACUGAUGAGUUAACCACUAUUUUUUAUAAUAUUGUUAGAUCAUUAAUUGAUAUAUAUAAAAAUGAUGAAUAUAUGCCCGAUGGAAGAAGUGGAUUAUACAAUGGGGUUACACAAGGGGGUUCUAAUGCUGAUAUGGUUGUGGCUGAAACUUAUUUAAAAAAAUUGGGCACCGAUAUAAUAGAUUGGGAUCUUGCUUACGAAGCUUUAUUAAAAGACGCCGAAAUAGAUCCUGGUUCACGUGGAUUAUUAGAGG